ACAGGAUAUGGCGCUGUAGGGUUCGGCACAAGGACGUUUCCGGGGAGAGAAGCCUUCUGCUCUUGCCGGAGUUGGAGCGGUGGAGGAGCGACAUCGAAGCUUCCCUAUUGGACUCGCAAGUGUUGGAGAGGUUGGCCUCCAUUGAUACCACAAGCAUGGACCGAUUUGGGCCCUUCAUUUCUUGAGCACGUUGCCGCCAAUCCCUUGGAGGCCCAACACCAAGAGAGAGAAAUUGAGAAGUGCACUGCUGCUUCUGAGGAAGUUCAUCCCUCAACAGCUGCUGAGGAAGUGCAUCCCUCAACAGCUGCCGAGGUCCAAAAGGUUAGGAGGGAAUGCGAUUCUGUGGAGUUGCAAUAUUUGUCUAAGGAUUCUCUACUUAAUUCGUUGGAAGUGAAUGAGACACCGAUUGAAGAACAGAGUAGAGAUGCAGAUGUACCUUGCCCGCAUGUUAUUAAUAACAAUGACCCUGAUCUGAUGGAAAAGGAUCUAACUUCUGUCCCUCGUAAUGAUUACCAUAGGCCAAGUUUAAUGGAAAGAAAUAGUACCACUCCUAUUUCUGAGUGGAAUGAUUCGAUAGACGGCUUGGAGGGUGGAACAUCUGAUCAUGCAAUUAGAUGUCAUUUGCCUAGCCCCAAGGGGACAAAAGUUUCUCCAUUGACAAAGUAUAAACCAACAAAAAUUACAAGGAGUAGAAAAACGAAAAGAUGGAGUCAGUUGGAAGAGGAGACUCGAAAGACUGCUGUAGACAAGUUUGGCAGGGGAAAAUGGAAGUUAAUGCUAGAUUCUAACAAAGAUAUAUUCAAAGAGAGAACUGAAGUUGAUUUGAAUGACAAGUGGAGAAGCAUGACAAGGUACGGGUGCAAAUGAAUCAGAAUGUGGAAUAUUGCAAAGGUAUUUCCUUGCUUUAUUUGUUGUUCUUGUUGCUUGAGAUUGUAUAGACUAUUAAGCAAUAUGAACAGUGGAGGUUAUGUAUGAUUAAAACUGAAGGGAUUUUAUUUUGUCUAUUGGUUUUACGUUAGUUCGAUUGCUUUUGGUUGGUAACUCUUGCAACAGAUAUAUGGUUGAUUGAUUUGUUAAAAAUGUUGUGCCAUGUUUUUGGCAGUACACUUUAUUAUGGUUGUGUUUCGAUAUCA